CCUUCCUGGAAUCAGUCCUAGUUCUUCUUGAAGAAUCUCUUCUAUCCUUAGGCCUGUUGCCAAGUUUCUUUGAUAAGCUUCUUCUUGAUGUUCUGCUAGAAUCUAUUCUGAGGCGACAUGGACUGAGUCUUUGAGGAGGGAUCUGAAUAUGACUGUCUUAUUCAACUCCGUAAGAGGCUGGGUCGUAGGUUACUGGCACUGGCUGAAGGUUGUGGUUACCAGCAUAGGGGUUAACUACAUUAUAAUUUUGCUGCACUGCAGUUCCUGGCAUCACAAAAUGAGUUCUCUUACUAUCAACAGUCGUUGGUGUAUAGAUAUUUUCCCCAUUAAAAAUUUGUUUCUGCUUGGAUCUCUCUUGUUGGUUUGUAUGCAUCCUUUGCAGCUUUGAAGAGUCUUUCCUCCGCAGUUUUUCAAGCUUUAGUCUUCUUUUCCUGUCUUCUGUGAUCUUAUUGCUUAUUGAACUUUGGAGUUUCUUUCUAUUGAUUCUUCAUCAUUGCCAGAUCAGCACAAUUGUAACUAUGAUGAUUAUAAAACCUCCAACGCAUGAAAGAGGGGUGAUCAAACAAGCCUAGGA